GUGUGCAGCAUGUAGCUCUGGCCACCUGGAACCUGCGACUUGACUUCGUCUGGGAUAUACAUAUUCUGGGACAGACGUGACGUUCGUGUCCGCGGUCUACUGCAUGCACUGAAGGCAGGGGACACGCACUGAAACUCUUGGAACCUCUUGUCCUCCUAACCUCGAUUUCUUGGUUGUUCUUGUCGCUGUCGUCUCUCUGCUUCUUUUUGCUCUUCCCUCCGAAGGUCAAUUGUUCUCGUCAGCUGUUUUCGCACCGCCUCUUGCCCGUCUCAAAUCCGAAACCGUGUCAUCCACAGCCAAGCUUUGCUGACCUCCGAACCUCCUGUCGAGCACUUCGAAUGUCUGACUGAAGCAUGAAGGCGGACGACAAUUUAUUAAGACAUGUCCCGGAGUCAGACAUGGGAGGAAGUGCGGCUUUCGGACUGAACGAUCGAUUUUCCAAAUCCUGCGGCUAGGCGUCAGCCUCGUCGUCGUAGAUCCCCAAACCCGAUCUGCUCUACUUCGAUUCUCCAACACUGCCAACUGGCCUGCUUGGAUAUUGGGCCAAGAAUCUGAUCCAAUCGUGUCUCCUUCCACCUAUGCUGCAACCGUCAGCACUCGGGCUCGUGCCAUUAUGGUCAUUCUUGUCGACGACGAUCAAAUUUCCUCGCUGUGGGCUCCAGGCCGCGACGGUGGGGCGCUGGAGGCAGCAUUCAGCCAAGACUUCGAGGAUGAUCACGAGCAAGAGGGCCUGUGGAGACAUUCGCUCGACCCUAAGCGCGAGGAGCACAUGCCGCAAGAAUAUCGAUCUUGGGAACGGUGGAGCGAUCACUUCGAUAAAGAGCCCGAGGCGCGAAUUCUUGCCUUCAACAUGAACUCGGACUGCACGAACUGUGGCCACAGCGCCUGGGAUCUGGUCGAGCGGCCGGGCCUGAAGGCGAUCCAGUGCCGCUCCUGCGGCCACACGCCAACCGAGUGCGGCUCCUCCCGCUUCGCCAGCAGCCGCUUCAGCACAUACACCAACUGCUCGCGGCCAUCGGUCAUGUUCGGGUACCAGGAGAGCGAAGGAUCGGAGGCAGAGGGCGAGACCUUCGAGCCGGUGCCUCUGUUGGAGGAUGACGAGGAAUCUGUGACGGAUGAGACGGAAGGGAUCAUCGAGCGGGACUUCGGUACACCAGGCGUAGAUUCCCCGCGCACAGCGACCGCUCCUUCCGCUGUUCGGUCCGUUAGGCAGAGCGUCGCGCAGCCCGUUCCGAGGCCGCGCUGGUUCGAGGCCGAGGAGAACGUCACGUUUCGGUUCAAGCUCACGCCGCGCGGGAGAGAUAGUGCUGGGACGUCUGUUCCGCGGGCGAACGAGGACGGAUCAUCGCGUCCGGCGGUCGGGCACUCCGGCGAGUCCUCGUCGCACCCGCCAGGCAAAUCCGUCGAAGGCCACGGCCCGGCACGCGGCGUGCACGUACGCGAGCUGGCGGACGACCCGACGGCGUGGCAGCGCCUGCUCACGAGCGCGUUAUUCUUGAUCAAGGAGGACCAUAUGCCGAUGCGGCCGGGUGAGGCAAAAGUGCUCGACCUGGGCCUGCUGAACGCGCGACAGAGCGGAGGCAAACAUCUGGCGAUGAGGCACCAUAGUGUGAAGGAGUAUGAGGACAACGUUCAGGCUGGUGGAUAUGCGGCAAAGAGGAUCAGGUGGAGGGUUGUUGUGAAGCAGGUUCAGGAACAAGAGAGGGGCAGCCUCCUGCCGAAGUGAGGGAACGAAUUGAAGACGUUAACUUUGAAUUUUUUUUUUAC